AUGGCGCGGGAGUCCGGACGAGAGAUGGACGUUGAUAUCGUCAGUUCUGGUACCGGCGACGCUACGGGGAGAGAUGCUGCAGUGAGAAAUGAGAGAGCGCCAGCCACCCCGAUUGACUUGCCGGCGGAACAGUUGAUCAAGAAUCUGCGCAUUCUGUUCCACAAGCACUUAGACGAAUUCGACCGCUUGCUCGACAGAACAACGGGAUUGUGCGAACCAGGCGAAUCCUACUACGAUUUCGAAGUAGGCGACUCGCUGCUCUUACUUAGAGAGCGGGUAUGGAACUGCGGGUCGACCAUUGACGAUGAUACGAUUAAAAACGCCUCCAAGGCAGCGAAGAAACUUGUCGAGUGCUGGCAGGCAGGACUUAAGGUGAAAGAAAUUCUUCCUGGUGUUUUCCAAGAUGAGGAUAUCUUUGGAAUAUAUAAGCUCUCGCUGGCGAAGUCACCAGUUCGACCUUUUAACGACGUUCAGAAAGAAGCAGUCCACUAUCUCAAGCCAGAAGACCAAAGCACAGGAAUUCACCGCCUCCAGCCUCCCGAAAAAAGCCAGGCAUUAAGCCUGAUCUCAGCUCUCCUCCAACACUGGAGCCCAGCGCCCAAUGAAGACACCUACCUCGCCUUCGGCUACGCAGCCUGCAGCAACGACGUGGAAAUAAGCCACUUGAAUGGCCUGUAUCACAAGCUCUUGAUCCAAUGCGUCGACAAGGUGGAAAUGUUCCAGGCCCUCUGGAUGGCCCUCAAAUCUAACACCAUGGUCUCCUUUUUCGAACAAAACGGAUUUCAUAGAACGGCGCUUGAUUGCAUCUCGGGGCCUGUCCGCUAUUUCGUAUUCCCGCCAAAUAAACGGCCAUCAGUGUUCCGCCAUAUCGCAUUCAUACGCGCCAGCGCCUUAACGGAACCUCCUCCUGUGCUGCGCCGCGACUAUGGAUAUCAGCUUUGUAAGCAGAGGGAGGAGGUGGAGAAACUGAAGAAAAUUUACGGGCAUAUCUUGAGAAAUCGCGAUCCAUGUGCACUGCACAAUUCAUGUGUUGGGCGCCAACUUUGGCAGUUGGUUUUAGAGACAAAGGCGCCCGUUGAUCUUCAGAAGGAUAGGCGAUUCUUCGUAAAUAUCGCGCCGCAUCCUGAGCUGGGGUUUGAGUCGGGGCCCGACGGCUUGAAGGGGUAUGAGGGCCAGCUUUUCAAGAAGAGGAUGUGAGAGUCGGAGUGCUUCGACCUUCCGUACGAUUAGGUGGGCGCCAUAGCGCUUUGGAGGGGGAGGUCCGACUGGAUUUUGAGUAUUGACUCAGUGGCCGUGCCAAAUGUGACGGAUGUACGAUAUUUACUUCUUAUUUUCUCUUUCUUUUGAGGGCGAGGUGGAGUCCGUCGGAUUCAUCUGGAUAUUGCAGGAUUGCCCUCAUGCCCAGAUUCGAUUCGGUUUUGGCAUCUCGAUCCGAACGGGAAAGGCGGACAUGAUGGCGCCGAUGGGAGUUUGGAAGACAGUUCGGAUUUUCCUUAUUUUCAGUUUACCUUCAUGAUGAUUUCCCUCUCAAUCUGGUGUAUUGAACGGAGAUGAUGACGAUCAAUGAAUGGGG